UUUCUAGUUUCACUUUCAGCUUCAGGUUCUUCGUUUUCUGCCAAAGCUUUGCAUUUUGGUCCUUUGGGUUCUUUAAAAAAAAGGGGAAAACUUCCUUUUCUCUUUACCAAGUUGCCAUCUUUUUGAGCUAGUUGAGAUUUCAUAGCUUGAACUUUCGAUGGGUGCUUCAGGGAAAUGGGUGAAAUCUCUUAUUGGUCUCAAGAAGACCGAAAAAGAAGACCAGGAAAAGGUGAAUGGCAAGAGCAAGAAAUGGAGGUUAUGGAGGAGUUCUUCAGGGGAAUUGGGGUCUUCAUGGAAGGGAUUUAAAGGGAAGUUUAGAUCAGAUUCUGAAGGGUCUGAUUCUUUAUCAAGGACUAACGAUGCUUUCUUCACUGCAAUGUCCACUGUAGUUCGAGCUCCUCCUAAAGAUUUCAGGGUUAUAAGGGAAGAAUGGGCUGCUAUCCGCAUCCAAACCGCUUUUCGUGGCUUCUUGGCAAGGAGGGCUUUGAGGGCUUUAAAAGGAGUUUUGAGGCUUCAAGCCUUAGUUCGUGGUAGACAAGUUAGGAAACAGGCUGCAGUGACACUUAGGUGCAUGCAAGCUCUUGUUCGUGUUCAGGCUCGUGUUAGAGCUCGUCAAGUGCGAAUGUCGAUCGAAGGGCAGGCCGUUCAGGAGAUGCUCGAUGGUCUCCGCAGCAAGACCGAUAUCCUGAAACAAGCAGAGGAUGGCUGGUGUGAUAGCAAAGGGACACUGGAGGAUGUUAAAACGAAGCUACAAAUGAGGCAAGAAGGGGCCUUCAAGAGAGAAAGAACCCUUGCUUAUUCUUUUGCUCAGAAGCAGUGGAGAUCAAACACAGGUUCGACUUCCCAGACAAAUAGUUCGAUUCCGUAUCUCAAGAAUCAAGAGUUGGAUAAGAACAGUUGGGGAUGGAAUUGGCUUGAACGUUGGAUGGCAGCCAGGCCAUGGGAGACUAGGUUGAUGGAACUGUCCCAUGCCGACCCUGCCGGAUCAACUCAACCGAAAACUUGUUCCAAGUCCCUUCUAGGGAAGAAUACAAGAUCUUCCGAACCAUACUCAGUGAAAGUCAGAAAGAACAAUGUCACCACUAGGAUUUCCGCAAAGCCUCCUCAUUCUAGGCAAGUCACUAUAUCAUCUUCGAGCCAAACUUCCGAAUUUCAUUAUGAUGAAAGUUCAGCUUCAUCUUCAAUAUGCACUUCAACAACACCAGUUUCCGGAACCACUCACUUUCCAUCGGAUGGAACAGAGGAGAGUGGCAAUAGUAGGCCAAACUACAUGAACAUGACCGAUUCUACCAAGGCGAAACAAAGAGGUGGCAAUCUCCGUAAGCAGUCCAUGGACGAGUUCCAGUUCAAGAGGUUGGCUGCUCUCUGCAAUGUGGAUUCGAAAAGUAGUGCUGGUUCGGACCCCUUGGUUCAUAUGUCUCGACCACUAUUCCCUCCCACACGGUUGGAUAAAAGCUCAAUGAGAUCCAGGGACUGGGGAAAUUGAUUGGAUGUUAUUUGAAAAGUCCAACAUCUUCUUGUUCAUUGUUAUUAACGUGUUAAUGAGACCUAGUUGAGUUUUUUUUUUUA